AUGAGAGCAGAGAAAAUGUCACGAAUCUUCAUUGAGAUCCUCAUUCUUUUUCACUUGAUAGGGAGCUCGCUCGCAAAUCUCGAGUCUAUCGCCAACAACGCCUGCAGCACUAUCACUCAUCAUUACCAAAAAUGGAGCAAAGUGAAGUCGUCGGGCCGUUUUCAAGUGGAUGCUGAAGUGGGCUAUAACUGCCUUAGGUCGGUGACUAUCAACAACACGCUGGCGCAUAGCUACCUUUCAGAAAUUAUGAAGUAUACCAAAUUACAAUCUACCUUGACAAAUCUUAAAAAUCCGCCUUCAGAUUUCUUUUGGCCGGCGGUUGAUUUGAUCGAUCAACUGGAAAAAAUCCAACGGAAUAUAGCUGCUGGCUCAUACCAGAGCCAGUAUGAUGUUGAUAUAGAUGUCGCAAGAGUGUGGGCCUCAGCACACGAUGGGCAAUUCCAUACUGCGGCUUGCACGUUUGCAGGGAUCACGUUCGAACGAUCGGUAGAUCUUAUAUCCGUGUCAUUGGAUGGAAUAGAAGACCCCCUGGUGUAUGUCUAUGAUGACCUUUCUAACCUUCAAGCCGGCGAAGAGGCCUCGAAUAUUAUUAGUAUCGACGGUCAGCAUUUUUUGGACUUCCUGAAAAAUGAGGCAUUCUACAACUUAGCGGACCCUGACUCAGCGUGGAAUUAUCUUUUUUGGAAUACUGCUAGAAAUAAGGACAAAAUACCCCUUUCGGCAACAUUUCAAAAACCCAAUUCAAUAUUAAAUUGGUAUCCUGGCAAAGAAACGACAAUACAAUUUUUAAAUGGCACAUCAUUAACCUACAAAACCCAUGCCGUUAUUGAUACAGAAGCGUGGAGUGAAGAAGUUGUGGAUGGAGAAUCGUUUCUGCAGCACUACUGCGUUAAGCCGACUUCAAGAUCAGACGAGCCCUCUCCAACCUCAUCAGGCCAACAAAAAGCUACACCUCAAUCUACUACCCACGAGAAAGCGACUACUACUCCGAUAUUCAAGCAUCCAACCGCGGUCGUGCAGGAUCCGUAUGAGAUGGUAGCCGGAUACUACUUGGAUGGUGUUGGCUAUGACGACGUUGCAGUACUUUGGCUUGCUCAGUUCUUUUCUCAGCAUAGCCCAGCUGCCCCCCCUGAUGCCCAAAUCACAGGGUUCAGGGAGACGGUCAAAGAAUUCCUUCGCAACUCUGUUGCUGAAGGCAAGAAACGUCUUAUCUUGGAUGUGAGCGGGAAUAUAGGAGGUAUUUCUCAUCUGCCGUAUGAUAUGUUUGGUCGGCUGUUUCCAAACGCACGUGCGGCUGUUCAGUUCCACGUUAACUAUGAAUUAUCCCCACCGGCGAAAUUGCUGACAGAUGCAUUCAGCGCGAUUCCUCUUGAAGAAUUGCGGCGCCAAAUGAAUGACUCAGAAUCUCUGAAAAAAGAAAAACUGGCUGUUCGUUACAACGAUUACAAUUUUCAUACUUGGAAAGAUAUCAAUGGGGAUGAUUUCACCUCUAUUGCUGAAUUCGCACCUCCUGUCCAAGAGGUCGGUACCAAUUACACAGCAAAAUUCCAGCUGCCCCUCGGUAAUAGACAAUGGGAUCAAAGUCAGGAAGAAUUUGUUCCAUUUGGAUAUGAGACUCAUCCAAAUUCCUCCUACCACCAGCCGUUUGAGGAUGCGAAUAUCGUCGUGCUAAGUGACGGAACUUGUGCUUCAGCUUGCGCUGUACUUCUUCAUCUCUUGAAUGAAUUGGGAAUCAAAACAAUCGCAAUAGGCGGCCUGCCCGGUGCCAAACCAAUGCAAGCCAUAGGAGGGACCAAGGGGGACGCGGCUACCGCAGCUGCAGACAUACAGGAAUAUGUUCAGGAACUUCGUAAAUUUGGGACAUUGGGUGAUCUUACAACCGCAAAGUCGAUUCUUCCGGGAAUGAUACCGUUUCCGCUGGGCGAUAUCAAGGGUACAGUGGCGAAAGAUUACGGCAUCAAUACCAGGAAUCAUCUUCUUCCGAAUGAUACAAUUCCUUCUAUGAUGCGAUUUGAGCCCGCUGACUGUCAUGUGUACUUCACGCCGGCAAACGUCGCAGAUGUCCAGCAAAUGUGGCGCGAUACUGUCGAUAUCGCCUGGAACGGCAAGGCGUGCGCAGCUGGGGGUUUUCAGGUUUAG